GCGCAGCUGCAGUAUAGCGCUCUCUCCUGACAGUAAGAUGGCGGCUGUCAGGAUGUGGUCGGCUAUGUUGUCGUUUUUCCUUCUCAACAUUUUUUACGGCCUCGUCACGUCCUUGUACUUCCACAUCGGAGAAACGGAGAAGAAAUGUUUCGUAGAAGAAAUUCCCGAUGAGACGAUGAUCAUCGGUAACUAUCGGACUCAGCUGUACGACAAACACAAAGAGGAAUUUCUGCCGGCCACUCAGGGUCUGGGCAUGUUUGUGGAAGUCAAAGACCCAGAUGAAAAGAUGAUCCUCUCUCGACAGUACGGCUCCGAGGGAAGAUUCACCUUCACGUCUCACACCCCCGGAGAACAUCAGAUCUGCUUGCACUCCAACUCGUCAAAGUUCUCCCUCUUCGCCGGAGGCAUGCUGAGGGUCCACCUGGACAUCCAGGUGGGCGAGCACGCCAACAACUACGCCGAGAUCGCCGCUAAAGACAAGCUGUCGGAACUGCAAGUGCGAGUAAGGCAGCUGGUGGAGCAGGUGGACCAGAUCCAGAAGGAGCAGAACUACCAGAGGUACCGGGAGGAGCGCUUCCGCCAGACCAGCGAGAGCACCAACCAGCGUGUCCUAUGGUGGUCCAUCGUGCAAACCCUCAUCUUGGUGGCCAUCGGCAUCUGGCAGAUGAGACACCUCAAGAGCUUCUUUGAAGCCAAGAAGCUGGUCUAAACACUCGCUCGCACACGCGGGUGCGCGCGUCUGUUCCAAGUCUAUGAAGAGAUGCAGUAUGGAGCAGAAAUGCGAUGGACAAAAGUUACUAGAGACCAUUACGAAUAUUUAUGAUUUCCAUUUGGACGCAAAUAUUUGGAUCAUGCAGUGAAAUGUGAAGCAGACCCAUGGCGUUGUGUUGAUGGAUGAUUAUUUCAAAAGUCGCCGCUGACGGCUGGACGACGUGUACAUUGCAUUCAUCAUGGCGAUAUGUGUGCGUGUGUGUGUGUGAGUGUGAGAGACGCCGUCACGUGUUCACCGCACAUGAGCUUGGCAAUUUCAGUUUAUUGGUUUGAAUCUCCGCCCCCCCAAAAAAAAAUUGGUUUGUAAAGUUUUGACAGCUGAAAAGUGAAAACGAAUGAGUUACUGCGUCCAGUGUUAAUGUUCACUUUUUUUGCAGAUUUUAAUGUGCUCAACAUUUAAUCUAUGCAGGAGUUUGAAUUAAUCAGUAGUGUGACACUGUCGUUUGUUUUUUUUUCUUUCCCCUGGAUGUUUGAGUCAACAUUUGAUUUUAGAAAAUACUGAAAAGCAUUUCCGUUGUUUUGGAAAAAAAAAGGGCUGGAUAUUUUUUCAAUACAACACUUGUGAUUAAGGUUUAGCCCGAUUUGCUCAAAACAAGUUUUUAAUGCUUUUGUUUUCAUUGCAAUUUGAUACAAAAUGUAAUGAUGUAAAAAAAUAUUGAAAUAAAAGUAUUUCACCCAUUA